GCCCCGUACUCGCACGCGCGGGUCGCGUCCCGCCCGCUCCGGGGCCCCGUCGAGGCUCCGGGCACGGUACCCACGCCCGACCCCCUCUCCUCCGCUGCCCGUCCGGCCCGGCCGCCAUGUUCGGAGCGCGGCCCUUUCCUGCGGCUCUGCUCGGCCGCAGGCACGAAAGUCCCCUUUUGUUAAGCAGAACCGCGCUCGUGGCCUUAACGAAACACCGACUGCUGGCCAAAGCUUCCUCCCCUCGAGUAAAACCCACGCGGUGCUACCGAAAGCCUCGCGUUACUGCGUAAAGCUCCCCUGCUGCGCUCGAUGGGGCGCACGCGUGGUGGAAGGAGAUGCCGGAGCAGUUUAAUGGUCCCGGCGCCAAAACCCUCUGCAAACAGUGCCUGAACUUUCACCACGUCAGGUUCCCAUCCCUCCGUUGUUCCCAUAACGCAGGCAUUUAAUUCAUUGAAUUGUUUACGGGAAGGAGGAAGUCAUAAACUACCCCAACUUCUGCUCCCUGUUUGCGUAAGAAGCUUCCCUAGGUCGAGCCGAACACAGUGAAGAACCGAAAUGGAAACCGAGUUUAAAGAGUGCAUUGAAGAGGCAGGGGGGGCUCGGCUGCAGCCCCCGGCGCUGGGGCUCACCCAGCAGGCAGGCAGGGCCAGCAGACACCUGCAGCACAGAUGAUGGGCUGAGCUCCUCCCGAAGCCUCUGCUGGCGGAGAUGAGCUCAGCCGGCACCGCGCCCUGGCCUCGCCCCGAGGAGCCGCCUGGGCUCAGCUCCGAGCUGACGGCAGCAGCCCCGGCUCAGGGGGGUCCCGCGCGCUGCCCGCUGCUGCUGCACCGCCGCUGUGCCACCGCUGUACCUGCAGCUGGGAGCAGAAGCGGCAAACAGGAGUCUCAACCUAUUUACGUAAAGUACAGCACAGCUGUUUUGUGCUCUCAUUUUUACACCCAGGGAAUCUCCAGCAGCAGUCACCUCAUACAGCAGGGAGAAAACUGAACUGCUUCCUCACCUUCAGAACAGCUGCUGUGUUCCACACCCAGAACUCAAGGGUCCCCAGCGGGGAGAAGAAAGCUUUGAGCAACACGACUUCUGUGGCCGUGCCAAGGUCAAGGAUGGUGAAACAUUCCUGCAUGUCAGAAGGCACCAAAGCCCCGUUGGGGAUGGGCCCCCAGGGCUCCUUCCAUCAGAGCCAUGGUUAGAAGGGCUGUGUUUAGAAGCACCAUUUCUGCUAAUAGAAUCAGGUGCAAAGUCUCCUAUGGGAAAAAUACAGUGCAUACAAUGCAGGUGCUUUACAGUGGAAGUUAUUACAGGGGAAGACAAAAGCACUGCAAAGAUCUUAAGGUGAUCAGAGCAGAGAGGAAAGUUAAAAUGACCCUCAAAAUAACACGAUUGCCCUUGGAGGGAAGGUGAGGGGUCCAGGUCUGUAUCCCCACAGGCAUCUCAUCAUCCCUGUGUGCUGCAUAACACAAAGUGCUCUGCUGUACUCGGCGGGUUGGUGGCACAGCACUGCCUGACUUCAGAAUCAUCUGCCCUGGAUUCUGAUAAAGCAGCACACCUUACAGAAGGAAAGGCAGAUUCCUCCCAGUUGAAAUGAGAGUGCAUGCCUUCCUGAAGGGUUUGGUAGCCUUGUUUGCUUCCAAGGAUGUGCUGCUAUAGAACUGAAUGGUACAGCAAGAAGGGGCAAACAAGAACAGGAGCUGCUGGCAAGAAGCAGGAGCUCAGCCAGAGGAAGGCAUCCAGAGUGCCAGCAGCCUCAGCUGCAUCCCAGAGCACAGAGCUCCAAGUGCAGCCUGGGCCCUGGGACAACGGGAGCACCGGGAACUGAGGUGAGCUCUAGGAAAGAUGGGAGCCCAGGGCUCCGAGCAGACAAGAUACCUGCAGCUCUGGGCACUGAGAAACCUGAACUGCUCCCACAGACUCAGAAAUCACAACAGGAUGCUGACAUCCCAGGAACUGCGCUGCGGGGUCACCAAGCAGCAGGCUGGGACAGAGCCGUAUGAUCCAAGGCAGUGUCACACUGCGGUGCCCAGAGAGGCUCCGUACCACAUAUGAGCCUAUAAUCAGCUUUUGGCCUUAAGUCACAGAUAAGCGAACUCCACUGAAGCCAAAGCACUCCUUUCAACAGCAGAUUUCUGCCCUGUUAAAAUACACAUUCACAGCACAAGGCGGGGAGGGAAACAUGCUGAGCCUUUCAGCUCUUCAACAAAAUAGAUUCCUGGGAACAAACAGAUUUAGUAAGCAGAAUGUAUGACAGAUCAAACCAAACCAGUUCACCUGGGCAAACCAGCCACGCGUAUGAGCCUGCAAAGCAGUCUGAAUUUCACCACCAAGGCUAGGAAAGGGUUUUACAUUUUCCAGAAAGCCAGCUGCUCCGAGAUACUGAUGCACGUCAGCCUUGGAGUAAAACAUUCAGUGUUAAGUGACCCCAGUCUCAGGAUCCUGGCCUGGAAUAUGGAGGGAUCUGCUGAGAAAUCCCGGACAUUUCAUUAACACAGCUUGCAGAUGUUGCACUGACUCCUGCUGUGGUGCCAGGGAUGCAGACUACUUGGCUUGUUUUGCCUUGGCUGAUUUGAGUCCCAACAGCAGCAUUUUCAAUGGAUAGCAAUCGGGAACUUUGCUAGCAGCUUCUGCUACAAGAGGGGAGAAGCAGCAGUUUCAAUACCUCAACACUUGGUGCUUUUUCCCCCAGAAGCUGUGCUCCAAACCCCUGCCCUGCUGUGUGCUGGCUGACAACAUGCAGGCUUCACAUCUGCGGUGCCUGCCGCGCUCGGGGAAGCCUAACAAGCCCCACAAGCUCUUAACUCUUCAGGCUGAACGUGUCAGCUACAGGAAACCACGCGGAGGGGCCGCGCCGAAGGGGCAGGCAGGAAAUCUGAGCCCCGUCUGUGGGCUGCGCCGAGCCGAGCGAGGACGGAAGUCCCCCAGCUGCACAGAGCUCCGGGCCGGACUGCGUCAACAGCAGGUAAAGGCAGAUGGGGAGCAGCUGGGAUGCUCAGGGCCAGACUACCGUGGGCACAAGGAUAAGCAAAGCAGCGCCGCAGGAAGCGCGGCAGAGGCAGAGCUGAGCUUCACACGCCUCCCUUCAUCUCCAGCAGCUGCUGACUCACCCAAAUUACAGCUGUACCUGCUUGCUAACAGCACAGCCUGCUCCAGGCAGGACGUGCCGAGGGUGGGAAGCUUCUGGGUAAGUGUGGAGGCUGAUGAGGAGCAGCCACCUGUGGAGCACUUGGAGAGCCGGCGAGGCUUCUUUGCAUCGGCUGUGAAGGGAGCCAUGGGGGACAAGCUCAGGUCUGGACCUCGGCGUCGAGGAAAGCGACUGAGCCACGCAGCCCCUGCAGCACAGUGGGCUGAAUGGAAAAACACAACUUGCCGUGAUGCUCAGAGCUACAAAGCACAUCUUUCUUAAAAAGGAAAGGGUAACUGCAGUGAAACAAAGCUCCAUCGCAACCGUUCCCCCGAGUGUCUGAACUCAGCUGUGGUUUCUGCAUGGGCUGAGUGGAAACAGCAAUAAAAAACCCACUGAGGAGCCCGUGCCUCCUGCCAGCCGUGCAGAGCCCACUAUCACAGAGCACAGGCACGUUGCUGCGCCCCAGAUAAACCCACUGCCCUCUGCUCAGUGACACUGCACAGGCCCAGGCAAGGAGAGAAGCCGAUCUGGUAAUAAACAUUAAUUAAAGCUUA